UGCGCUAGGCUUUGGAAAAAUGAAGCGUAGAAGAACGUAUUUCUUUUAAGAAAACGCGGGGUUUCCAUCACAGGACUUUGCGUCAAAAGCAACGGCGUCUCCAGGCGGUUCGAGUUCUGUUAUUAGUCCCAGGAGCCCCGAAAUGAUGAAGCUUAAGUCCAACCAAACCCGCACCUAUGAUGGGGAUGGGUAUAAAAAGCGGGCCGCCUGCCUGUGCUUCAGAAGUGAAACAGAGGAAGAGGUGUUGCUGGUGAGUAGCAGCCGACAUCCAGACAAAUGGAUCGUUCCAGGUGGAGGAAUGGAGCCGGAGGAGGAGCCCAGUGUUGCUGCUGUCAGAGAAGUGUGUGAAGAGGCUGGUGUAAAGGGGACUUUAGGACGACUGGUGGGAAUAUUUGAGGUGAGUAACAGGGAGAGGAAACACAGAACGUAUGUCUACGUUCUCAUCGUAACCGAGGUCCUGGACGAUUGGGAGGACUCUGUAAACAUUGGGAGAAAAAGGGAAUGGUUUAAAAUAGAUGAUGCCAUACAUAAGUUGGAGAAUCACAAGCCCGUGCAGGCCAGCUACUUCACAGCUCUCCAGGAAAGCUGUCUGACCAGCAACGGGACGCCUCUGGUGGCCACGAUAGGAGAAGAUCUGUCCCCAACCUACAACAUAAGUCAGAGCUCGGUCUCUGGGAUCAGAUAACUAACACGCAGUACUGACACUCCACAAGCUCUUGCCACCACUCUCACUCUUACGUUUGUCUUCUUUUCUAUUUCUCUCUCUCUCUCUCCUUUUCUGU